ACGCGCAGAACGCCUUCCCCGUGACUGGCGGGGCUGAGAGGGACCCGUUAGCGGGAGCGGCGGCCCCCGAGCGGCUCCGCCCGGCCCGGCUAGGCCAUGUCCAAGCGGCUGCGGAGCAGCGACGUGUGCGCCGAUUGCAGCGCUCCCGACCCAUGUUGGGCAUCAGUUAACAGAGGAGUUCUGAUUUGUGAUGAAUGCUGCAGCGUCCAUAGGAGCCUGGGCCGGCACAUCUCCCAAGUCAGGCACCUGAAACACACCCCGUGGCCCACAACGCUGCUUCAGAUGUUGGAAACCUUGUACAGUAAUGGGGCUAACUCCAUCUGGGAACAUUCAUUGCUGGAUCCUGCAUCUGUCAUGAGCGGAAGGCGCAAAGCAAACCCCCAGGACAAAGUUCACCCCAAUAAAGCGGAAUUCAUCAGAGCAAAGUAUCAGAUGCUGGCCUUCGUUCAUCGCUUACCAUGUCGGGAUGAUGACAGUGUGACUGCCAAAGACCUUAGUAAGCAACUCCACUCGAGCGUCAGGACGGGGAAUCUGGAGACCUGUUUGCGGCUUCUUUCUCUGGGCGCCCAGGCCAACUUCUUCCAUCCAGAGAAAGGGAACACCCCGCUGCACGUAGCUGCCAAGACGGGUCAGAUUUUACAAGCGGAGUUGUUGGCGGUGUAUGGGGCUGAUCCUGGCACACAGGACUCCAGUGGGAAGACGCCAAUUGACUAUGCAAAGCAAGGAGGGCACUAUGAGCUGGCAGAACGCCUUGCGGAAAUCCAGUACGAGCUCACAGACAGGCUGGCAUUCUAUCUCUGUGGCAGAAAACCUGAUCACAAAAGUGGACAACAUUUUAUUAUACCUCAAAUGGCAGACAGCAGUUUAGAUUUGUCAGAACUGGCCAAAGCAGCCAAGAGGAAGCUUCAGUCGCUGAGCAAUCACUUGUUUGAAGAGCUCGCCAUGGAUGUCUAUGAUGAGGUGGACAGGCGGGAGACGGACGCAGUGUGGCUUGCCACUCAGAACCACAGCACGCUGGUCACUGAGACGACGGUAGUCCCUUUUCUCCCCGUCAAUCCCGAGUACUCCUCAACAAGGAACCAGGGAAGGCAAAAGCUGGCUCGCUUUAACGCCCAUGAAUUUGCAACACUUGUCAUAGACAUUCUUGGGGAUGCCAAGCGAAGGCAGCAAGGGAACCCUGUCCCAAGUUCCAGAGAAAAUGUAGAGCUGAUCCUGAAGUCUGUCAACAGCCAGCACAGUUCAGAGUCUCAGGAUAAUGACCAGCCUGACUACGACAGCGUUGCCUCUGACGAAGAAGUGGAUCUGGAAACAAGCUCAGUCAAGGCACCCCGGCAGAAGAGCCUAGAUUCAGACUUGUCGGAUGGACCCAUCACAGCCCAUGAAUAUCUACAGGUUAAAAACGCCCUGGUGGCUUCGGAGAUGAAAAUCCAGCAGUUAAUGAAGGUGAACAUCAACUUGAGCGAUGAGCUGAGGAUCAUGCAGAAGAAGCUUCAGACGCUACAGAGCGAGAACACAAGUCUCCGGCGGCAGGCCACAACAAACGCCUCCUUGGCACCCACUGGCUCUGAGUACUCAGACACCAGCAGCCACUCUUCCUUGAUCUGGCGGCCCUCUGUGCGCAGCAGCCGGCCCAUGUCCAUGUACGAGACAGGAUCGGCCCAGAAGCCCUACUUGCCACUGGCCGAAGUCUCCUACCCAGAGGAGCACAUCACAUCGCGGCUGCAGUCAUUCCCUCCUCACGCAUCCAAGCUGGAAAAGCAGAGCAGCCUGCCAGAAGGGGAUUAUGACAAUGCCGUUCCUGCGCUGGAUCCCGACGAGACAGGAAUCAGCAGGAAGGCCAGGCAGCGAAGCACCUUCCGACAGGGAGAAGGGCCCACCUCCGAGGGCAAGGACCCAGAUGCCAGCCCCAGCCUCCCCAGCACAGAGGACGUAAUUCGGAAAACGGAGCAGAUCACCAAGAACAUCCAGGAGCUUCUGCGGGCAGCUCAGGAGAACAAACACGACAGCUACAUCCCCUGCUCAGAAAGGAUCCACGUGGCAGUGACGGAGAUGGCUGCCCUCUUUCCAAAAAAGCCCAAGUCUGAGCUUGUACGCACCUCUCUGCGGCUGCUGACCUCCAGUGCCUUCCGACUGCAUUCCGAGUGCACGAAGGCCCUUCUGCCAGAGUCCUGCCCCCUGGCCGACAUCCAGCUGGUCACCCAGCAGGUCAUUCAGUGCGCCUAUGACAUCGCCAAAGCUGCCAAGCAGCUGGUCACCAUCACAACCAAGGAGAACACCAACUGAGGCCGCCGUGUCCCCCCACCUCUGUAGCAGGCCUCCUGCAAAGGGUCGGCUUGGAAGCUGAACAUUUUCAUGUUUUUUACAGGAAUAUUUAAGGUGGUGCGUUACUUCUUUUUUUUAAAGGAAUCUCAGUAUUAAAGGGUUUUUGCAUGUUCCCCCCCUCAAAAGGAAUCCCCCCCCCAGAAUUAUUGUAACCCACUGCCUUAUUUUAUGCCUGUAUUGCCAGUGUAAAGAGGGUGUCAGUGUGUGGAACAUGUCAUGAGCCAAUCUUUGCAUCAACCGCUCUCACAGAGAUGUGUGUAUCUGGGGCAGGGAGUGGUGGGGAGGGUCACACUCUGCACUCUGCACCAUUUGUGAACUAAAUGCACAUAUCAGGAUACAGGGCACAUAUCCCCAAGUCUUGUUAUGCAGCUGUUUGACACACCUGAACCACUAUGUUGCACAUACCACUGACCUUUGAACGGGGGCGGUAGGUAAGGACACCCCCCCACAUGAUCCCUGCCAAUCAGUCCCCACCCCUUGCACAAUACCAAGCCAACAAAGGCUUGCUACAAAACGGUAGGACUAGCCUCCCAAUCCCUCUGAUAUUUUAGUCUCCUGGGACUCUUCCUUGCUUUCCAUGGUGGAAGCAGAUGGGAGUGUCUCGGAUUUUCUUUGGCCCCAGUUCAUCUGGAUCUUUGAGAAAGUGCUUUUCAUGACCUAACUAUGCACCACAAAGCUUUCCUAGGGCAGAAAAGGACUUUUUUCUGUCCUGUUUCUGCUCCCCCCCCAAAAAAAACUUGCUGGUGGUGGCUGUGCCGAGAGCGGUGCGCUGCAGGGAGUGUCUAGUUGCAGGUGGGACUGAAGGGUCCAUCUUGGGUGGCAAAGGUACAGUGGAACCCCACCUAGAUUUGGGGAGGAGAGAGAGACGGAUUGUUGUUGUUGUUGUUCUUUUGGGGGGGGGAGGGGAGAACUGCUGGUGUUGAGAGCUGGGCUUGGUGUCUUGUCCCAUUCGAGCCCUGACAACCUUGCUUCUUGGGAGCCACUGCUCCUGUGUUCACCAAGGCGGCAGGGCAGGGUGACAUUAAGAAAGGGGGCAGCUGUGCAGGGUGCCUGAGUAAGCCCCUGCUCUGCUGUUGGGUGUCCAAGUGGUCCAGUGGAUGCCAUGGUUUGCAGACAAGAUGCCGUGAAGCAGAGUGGCCCAGCCGGGGUGUGUGUGUAGAGAGGAAGGUGGACUCCGUUCCAAAGGCUGGAUGCGCCUGCUUUGUGAAAGGGUCAUAGUAAUUCCUGCUAGGUUGGCAAUUUAGCUGGUGCUGCAUGGAAAGAAACAGGUUCCAUUGAUGGCAUGCAUGAGAGAGGUUCCUGCCCUGCUGCCAUUGCUAGGCCUUGAGGGAGUGGUGACCGGUUUGUCUUGUUGGGUUUGGUGGGUCUUAAAUGGCCCUCUAUGACGAGAACCAGCUCUGGGUCAGGAGCCUCUCUCCCCCCUUAUGCCCAGUUUGAUCCUCAGUGCUUCAGAAUACCCUUUGUGCCACUUGAGGGGAGUCGUUCCUGGAGAAGGUGGUUCAGGGUACAGGUCUGCAUUGUGUGUGUCUGGGGAAGAGAUUACUGGGAUGGUCCCAAAAGCAUGCAGCAUGCUGUGUAGCGAUUUCUGACA